AUGGCACCUCUGAGGGGCACUCUAGGCUGUGCCCUUCUGGCCCUGCUCCUGGGGAGCAGCAGCGUGGACUUGAGUACUUCCCCUGGCAGUUUUUACCCCCGUUUCAACCCGUUCUUCUUCUUGUGCACCCACCACGGGGAGCUGGAGGGAGGUGGGGUGGCAGAGGGUGGAGGAGAGGUACUGCUUUCCCUCCAAAUCACAGGCAGUCCCACUGCUUACAUUCCGGGACAGGAGUACCAAGUCACCAUCUCCACCAGCGUGUCCUUCGACGGCCUUCUGGUGACUGGCUUGUACACGUCCACUCCAGUCCAGUCUGCUCCCAUCCCCGCUCCGGCUGCCUUUGGCUUCGGAGUUUUGCCAGAACGACAGUUCAGUGGAACCCAGUUUGUGUGCAGCGUGGUCGCAUCUCACGUGAGCCACCAGCCUUCCACCAGUUUUAGUUUUGUUUGGAUCGCUCCGCCGCAGGGAACCGGCUGUGUCAACUUUCUGGCGACUGCUACUCACCGAGGGCAGAUCAUUUUCAAGGAUGCUCUUGCUCAGCAGCUCUGUGAACAGGGCGGUGAGUCACUGUCUCUGUCUCUGUCCAAAUGCACUUAA